GCUUUAAUCGAUGAGGUCGAACUCCUUACCUCCAGAACGAGCCUAAAGCUAGAUUUUCUGGCUUGGAAUGUCGUUUCCCCUUCGUUGAACGUCGUUCAAGUCCAUCGCGAUGUUGUCGUCAAACUAUGAGGAUACAUACAUGAGUUGGGGUUAUUUGCUGUUUAAACUAAGCUCGGAGUUCGAUUGGGAUCGAGACCCUUACCCACUGGAGUGCAAAGAAGAGCUUCUGGUCGUGGGUUUUGGCGGAAUCGACGCGACCAGGGGAUUCCCGGUGGCGUUCCCGGUCGAGGGGCCGACGCUGCUGCCUUUGGUCGAGGAAAGCUUACGGAGAGCUUCUUUUCUCCACCAGCCGGGUCUUUAUGCGAGGGGAAAAGGAACCAGACAGAAGGCUUGUGCUUAUUUGUUUACAGUCCGGGCACAUGGGGAAAAGGAGGUGAUAUGGAAACCAAGAAUGGGAGAAUGGAAUUGAUAGUGGAGUGGUUGAUGAGUUCCUCUUGUGUUUAUGAAAAUUAUUGACUUGUAUGCUAGUGACUCGCUACGACACAACACCUAACAAAGGCCAAGUGUAACCAAUGAAAGGGACUGCAGUAUAGUGGCUCAAGUGAUAACUAUCGAAUCCACGGGUCUCUAGAGUUACUAUUACUCAGCUUCAGUUUAUUAUUUAGCAAAUCAGAUUAAGAUGAAAGAACUAAAACUACUCUAGCAAACUACAGUUAAAGUUAAUCUAAUUACAGGUUGGGAACUCACUUAGGUAUGAUUCCCCCUAGCCACUAGCCAGAUUAAUGAUUGAUGAUCUCUAACCUGUUUCACUUUCAUUCACAAUGCGGAGAAUCCUUGACUAGACCUUGAGUCUCGACUAAAGGAACAAGGCCCUCUUGAGUCAAUUGCCUAGAGGGACGUAUCCUUCUCUAGAACAACUGAUCAAGGCGUUCUAAACUAGACUCCCUCUAUCGAAAGAGGUUCUCAAUCGAUACAAAGCAGUGAAUCAACCCUCGACUAAAGCAAUCGAUCCACUACUAUCAAUCUAUGGUGCUCUAUUGACCUAAUCAGGUAUUCCCUCUCAUAGAAUCAAAGCAGAAUCAAUAAUCUCGACUAAAGCAGAAUUGAAUCAUGAAAACAUGCAUAGAUUGAAUAUGAACUCAAGAUUAUCAAGUCAGAGUACUCAUACAAUCAUCCAAUCAAACUAACAUAGCUAGGGUUCCUCAAAACCUAAGUGAAGGGAAGUUACUCCAUAGAGAAGAGAGAGACUGCAGUAAGAAUCUUCAGAUGAUCAGUCUUCAAGUCCGGGCUUGUUCCUCGAGCUUCCAAGGCGAAGAAAUCCUCCUUCUCUACUCCAAGAAUGCCCUCAAAUCUCCCUCUCUCUCUAGGGUUCGUCCCUUGGGUGUUUGGGAUCCAAAACCCAGCUCUCUCUCCUCUUUGGUUCGGAAUUUGGCUUAAAACCAGGAAAUCCCGACUCGCACGGCCAGGGUGCACGGCCGUGCAUAUCACCAUUCUGGCCGUGCAACUCAAAACGCAGCGUGUCAUUUAGUUGAACUUCAGCCCUCUCGCACGGCCAGGGUGCACGGCCGUGCGAGCUUCAGGGGUUGCCCGUGCGUGUCCUCGGCAUAAGGCGCACGGCCAUAUUGCUCACGUGCAUGGCCGUGCAGCCUCCCUGGUCUGCCCGUGCAGCUCCCCAAAAACCUCGCCAUUCGUCCGUUCUUCGUCCAAUCGACCCCAGACUCGCUCCUAAGCCUUCAUUCACGUACUAGGACCUGAAACAUCACAAACAAGCACAACCUAGCGUGAAAUCGGUCUAAACCACGAGAAAUCACAUCUCAAACGGUGUAAGAACAGGGGUAAAAACAUGUGUAAUUAACGGUCUAUCAAACUCCCCCACACUUAACCGUUUGCUUGUCCCCAAGCAAACCUAACUCAAACCAAUGCAACUCUCCGGACCUCUAUAGCAACAAACAACCCAGAUCGUAGGUAGAGGACUUCCUAGAUCAUUUAGCAGCUUACGAGGUCAACCGACGCACAAGUCAUCUCAUAACUUCUUCGGCGAGUCGGCAUAAUGGCAAAUAGUGAACAGAGGACAAAUGGAUUGUGGAUGAAGAGAUUCUCAAAAACAAAGGAUCAUGGACUCA